UCCUGACCGGAGCUGUGUGUGAAUGCAGACCGAGCAGCAGACCUCCUCCCUCCGCAGUUCCGGCUGAUCGUUCGAUGGUCGGACUUCUCUAACCGGACUUUCUUCUCGUGUUUGCCCGCCAGAGGAGGACGCGAAGCCCGGGGCGGUUCAGCUCACCUCUCCGCUGAAACAGAGACGCAUCCCGGGGAACCCGUGGAGGAGGAAUACCUCCAUUUAAACUUCCGGAGAAACUUUCCGCUGCUGGUGUUGUUCUUCCUGUCGAGUCGGGUCCGAUCCUCCCACCGGUCACCAUGUCUCUCCAGACCACCCGUAAGACGACUACCACCGCCUACCGGACCCUGAACGUGGCCCCGCAGGAGCAGGUGACGGGCACCGUGAUCUCCGCCCGCUCCAUGUCCCCGAUGCAGGUGCAGAACGGCUCCUACGAGACGGUGCGGUACCUGGUGCCGGUGCAGCAGGGCAUGCAGCAGCAGAACUUCAUGAUGAUGCCGCAGCAGGUGAUGCAGCCCAUGGUGCAGCAGGUGAUGCAGCCCAUGGUGCAGCAGGUGGUGCAGCCGAUGGUGCAGCCCAUGAUGCAUCAGGUGGUGCGGUGCGUGUCCCCGAUGUACAUGCACACUUUGCCCCGCGUGAGCGUCAGCAGCCAGGACUCCGACUUGUUCCUGCAGCAGCAGACUGUGGAGGUGAGGCCCGAGAGCAUCAGCAGGAAGUCGUCGGUGUUCAGCCAGUCAUCCAGUCCUAUCAAGAGCCCCGAGCCGAGCGCCGAGGAGGAGGACGAGGACGAGGAGGUGGUAGAGGUGGAAGAUGAGGAAGAGGAGGAGGAGGUGGAGGUGGAGGAGGUGGAGGUCAUCAACAUCAUACAGCAGAAGCCGUCCCUGGCGAUAGAGAAGAUCUCCAGGACGGAGGUGAAGAGCGAGCUGAGGGAGACGCCCCCGCCGACGAAGAUGGACACGCGCUACUUUGGCGAGCUGCUGGCCGACGUCUACAGGAAGAACUGCGACAUCCACUCCUGCAUCUCAGAGCACGUGUCCAAGAUCCGUGGACAGAAACAUCAGCUGGAUCCCAGCAAUGACUACAGGGUGGAGAAAGAGGAGGUGGAGGCCUUGCUUCCCAAAGGAGCCACUGAACUGACCAAACAACAGAUCCGUUACCUGCUGCAGACCCGUCUCACUGCAGAUAAGAGCAUGCGUCUGCUGCUCUCCACCUUCAGCAGUCUGAGGGAGGAGCUGCUCCACAUGUCUGAGGACCUGCGGCGUCUGGAGAGCGAGAAGGAGACGCUGGAGCGAGACCUGAGCUUCAAAGCAGACCAGGCUGUCCAGUACGACUGCCUCCUGGAGACCGUCCGAGAGAACAACAGGCAGCUGCAGCUGUCCCUGAAGGAAACCAGCGCCUCCCAGCGUUCCCUGGAGAGUCAGCUGAUGAGCAGCAGAAGCACCGACUCGAGCCGCGAGUUCAAGUUGAAGGAGCUGGAGGGAAGGAUGAGGGCGCUGGAGAAGGAGAACGAGAUGCUCCGACAGAAGCUGGCGGGUCAGGGCAGCAGCACCACCCUGCACAUCAAGAUGGAGGAGCUGUCACGUCAGUACAAAGAUCAGCUGAGCGCCAUGAGACAAGAGAAGGACCAGGAGAUACAGAAGCUCAGGACCCAGAUCACACGAAUCCAGACGGAGGUGAGCAGCGACAGAUCGUCCUCGGACAAGAGCCUCCAGCUGAAGAUCUCGGAGCUGCUCUCCAUGUUGGAGAAGCGGCAGAUCACCAUCACCCGGCAGGAGGAGGAGAUCCAGAAGCUGAUGAAGGAAAGAAGCGACAGCUCCAAGAAUGUCACCAAGACCACCAUCACCAAGAGGUACAGAAACCAGUACCCCAUCCUCGGUCUGCUCGGAGACGACUACCAUUUGACUUCACCGGUCAAAGAGGACAAGACCAUCGUCAUCGAGAGAACUGGAGAGAUGAUCAAACAGGAAAUCAUUACAAGCCCUUAAAGACACACUGCUUCUCUCCGACAGGAAUGAUUGAACAACAAGAAGACGUCCCCCCUCCCUCCCCCCCCUCCCCCUCUGCAUGCUUGUCCCCACCCGUCUCCUCUCCCUCAUCCUCAGGGCUUCCCAGGUUGGUGGUGGUUCAAAUCCCCGUCUCCCCUCCUUUUAAAUAUGGGAUCACUGAUUCGGACUCUUUGUCGUUUGGGCUUGAUAAUAUUCCAAAAAAAUAAAGUAGUGUAAGAACCAAAUCUUUUCAGAAAGAGGCUGUGAUGAGAUGACAACUGGGAGCUGGACGAGAUUAUAUCUUUAUUUUUUAAAUCUAAUUUGAUGACUUAAGAGUUUUAUGGUCAAAAACAUCUCAACAAAUGUCUUUUGAUUGGCUCCUAAAGUAACUGACUAAAAUAAAGUAUAAUAAUUUAUUUCAUAUUAAAUCUCUGAUGUGACACAGUCAGUGUCGAACACGUGUUCUACAUGUUACAGCUCUCUGCGGUCGGGUUGGGAACUGAGACACAUUUCUUCUGAUUGAAUCACCGAACAGGUGAUUCUGUGAUAUAUUGAAAGACAAUCAUCUGUGAAACGUGACAGUUUUUCCACAUGACGAGAAAAACAUUCGUUUUUAUUACAUUAACAACUGAGAUUCACAAACUGUCAGAGAAGAAGUCGCAGCUGUCUCAGUAUCACAGAUGAUUGUGUUGUGAUAUAUUGUUGUGUUCAUUAUUUGUCUCUUCCCUUCUCGGCAGUCGAGUUAAUAACUCACAGUCCGGCUGCGUUUGGUUCCACAGGAAUAUUUGUCGUCUCUCGUCCAAAACACUCAAAGCAAAGAACAACACAGGAGAUCCAAGUCUGAACAUGUGAAGUUCUGCCAAUAACACGAUUCACCCAAAAUAACACUGAUCAACGAAGCUUUGGUGGAUAAACACUCGUGAGUGAAACGAUCUUGUAAAUGAAAAGUUGGAUAUGCAUCAAUAUUUAAAAGUCGGACGUAUUUUACUAAAACAGUUGGACAGUUUUGUAGGACGACCUGUGUAAAGUUAGUGGACGUCUGUCCAUCAAGUUUGAGCGUAGUUAGUCCAGUUUAACAAACAAUAACAUUUUCUCUUUGUGAGAAAUAUUAAAUCUGAAUAAUCAUAAUUGUUCUCUCUGAAGUUAUAAAUGCAGCGAUAGUUCAGAUUUCAGACCAACAUCUCACGUAUUUUACAAUUCCUGGUUUUAUAAAAGGUUUUUCUUCCCGUCCUUCAUCAAACACAUUAAACAAUUAAGAGCCUGAGUUUUGAAAACUUCAAGUUUCUAAGUUUCUUAUUUCGACCAAUAUGAAGAAACUUGAAACAGGAAAUACUUGAGUAAACAAUAAGUCAGCCACUAAAAAUUAAAGCGUCCGACACCAACGCUCGCUACUUGUUAACUUGUUGACACGUGUUGAAAUUCACCACUAGGGGGCUCAGUGACGUGAUGACAGUGUACGUCUUGUGGAACCAAAUGUUACCGAACGUGUCGCGUCUCAGCUCCCAGUCGUCGCUAACGCACGUCGAGCCGAGACUGGUACCGGUACCAUGUAGCAUGAAAUCCUCCGCAGAGCCACCACAGCCACGUUAGCCCGGGGGACGAGGAAGAGGGCGUGUCACUACGAUCUCGACUCUGCAUGUAAAUAUUUAAAUAGUAAAUAUUUGAGUUACGCUCGCUCAGUGAAUGUCCUCCUCAGCAGCGAGCCCUCCUGCUGGCUGGUUUGUGGAACAUUUGCUUCCUUUGUUUUUGUUUUCGUGCUGAACGGUUUGUUGAGUUGUGUCUCUUCGUGGUUUGUAUGUGUCGAUGGACUCGUGUUGCUCACAGGCAGUUCUGGUAUGUUUGUAUAUGACGGUGGGAUGUGGCUCGGGGGGGGGGGUGGCGUGAUGUCACAUCCGUGAGAGGGCGCUCGCCCUCGACUCACACGGGUGUCGUGCAUCGCAGUGGGCGGGUUGGGGGCGGGGUGUGGAACUGGAGCAUGAUGUAAUGGGGGAUUUCGAUGGUGGAAGAAAAUGUUAUAGCAUGAUAUUAUGUUCGGCUGUAUAGUGAGUCUCUCUCUUCCUGAGUUGUCCUGUCUCUGUUCACAUGAUGAAGCGUGUUACAGGCUUAGUGUCCACCAGGGGGCGCAGCAGCUGAAGUUCACAGUAAACUUUACACUGAGGCCUUUUCCUUAUUGUUGCUCCGUGGAGCUUAAAACAAUUGUUUGACUUUCUGAAAGUGAAGCGCAGAUACAUUCCUGAACCCGUUUCAUUCUCAUGAUUUACACAAUGAAGUAGUAAAUAUGUUGUAACAGUUAAAUACUUUAUGUACAUUCAAUUUUUUACCAGCAGUAGAUGUAAAUAUUUGUAACUGGUACGGACAACAACCUUAGAGGACACACACACACACACACACACACACUCACAGACUGUAAAUAAAGAUGGACGUCUCCUCUUCGUCCAACUGUACAGAAAUCAAACCAAAACAUCUGGGAUACGGGCGCCGCCCUCUUUAGUCUGAGCGUUCAAACAUUCAUGCUGACAUGGUUAAUGAGCUAUACUGCAACCGGCCACUAGGGGGCGAUCCAGGUGUUUUGUCGUCCAUCUUUAUUUACAGUCACCAACACACACAUCUGUUUUCGCUCUCGUGCUUCGCUCUGUAACGUCUUCAUUAAAAACCAUUGUUAUUGUCUCUCCUGCAUCUCAGCAUGCAGCGACUGUGUGAACUGUUUCUUCAGUUUAACUUUUUAAAGCGUCAGGUUAGAGAAGAGAAAAACUAAAAUAAAAGUAAUUGUUAACGAAUCCUGUUUCUCCUCAAAGUUUUAAUAAAAUCUACAGCAGACGUUGUGAACUGCAAA